AUGGCAGAAACACAUGAAUUUUAUUUUGAUGACGAUGGUAUUAAUUCAGAACGUAUUGUAAAUGAUGAAUAUCAGGUGACUAAUGAAUUUUUUUGUACGAUUUGUCAAAGUCUUCUGUGGAAACCAACAUCAUGCGGAUCUUGUCAUCAUUUAUUCUGUGAUAAAUGUAUUCAAAAAUGGAAGAGAAUUAAUUCACCUUCAUGUCCUUUUUGCUGUACUCCAUAUGUAGAAAAACGUGUUCCACCAUAUAUUCAUUCUCUUUUGGGUCGUUUAUCUAUUCGUUGUCGAAAUAGUUCAUUUGGUUGUACAGAAAUUUUAUCAUAUAAUUCAUUAGAACAACAUGAAACAAAUGAAUGCCAAUAUCCAACAAAACAAUGUCACAUAUGUGGAAAUUAUAUAUUGACAGAUGCUAGUGACCAACAUCAAUCAUCUUGCAUCCCAGCUUUAAUUGAAUGUCGUAUAUGUAAACAUCUUGUAGAUUCAGAAUCAUUUUCACAGCAUACGAGUGAAUGUUUUCGAGCAAGAUUAGAUGAUUUCAUAGAUCGCAUGACACCUAUCAAUACUCCAGCUGCUUUACCUCUACAAAAAAAUAAUGGAAACACGUUCGAUCGGCUAACUGAUCUUCCUCAUCAGUGGUUCUCAAGCUGCACUAAUUAUAUAUUUCCUUCUGUGUUGUGGUUUUGCAACUAUUUUAGAAUUUUUUAUUGUUUUGGCAAUAUUAAUACAAGAUCAAGUUUCAAUUUCUAUGUAUCGAUCAUUUACCUUUAUUAUUUUGUUUACUGGAUUAUUUAAUUUUAGUCUACCAAUUUUCUUAGCUUCAACUACUGAUACCGUAAUCAUUAUAUUUAUCAGAGUUUGUUUACUAUUAUGCAGUCCUAUAGGUUCAAAAAUCCCAUUGGAUUAUGUUCGAAUACGAUUCACUCAUACAUUAGUAUGGAUUAUAUAUGUUAUCAUUUUUUUAAUUUUGAAAUUCUUUCUAUUAAUGGUACGCUUGUACUCUUGGUAUAUACCUUAUUAUAUAUCUGCGGGUGUUCACGCAUGGAUAGUUAUUUGUUUAACAUUUGAUAUUCGUCGUUUCUAUACUGUUACAUAAUUAAUUUAAACUCGAUGUUUCAAAGUAUUUAUUCAUGAAUAAUAGUAUUUAUUCCGGUAAUUAAUACUAAUUAAUAUAUCACACGUUUUUAUAUAUGAUUGUCUGUAUAUGUAUUAAUUAUUAAUAAUAUACUUUUUAUGUACAAUUCAUAAUUUGAUAAAUUUCAUGUGUUAUUAUAUUUUUCUUUUUUAUAAUAGAUAACUUGAUAGUAAGUAAAUAAAGAAAUAAAUAAGUGCAGUUAACGAUAUGUUAAAGAAAAUAAAUUAAUAAUACAAUUAGAAUUUUCGACCUUGUAAGCUAGUAACGUUGCUCAUCAUCAGUAAAUAAUGUUGUAAUCAUACUAUAUCAUCAUAAUCAUAAUAACAUCAUUAACCAUCUACUAUGUUAUUACUAUCAAGUUAUCUACUAUUUUAAUUGACUUAUUCACUUGCAGUACUUAUUAAACUUGAAUUAUGUUUAUGUUGAUAAUUAAUUCUGUCUUAUCAUUAUUAUGUUAUUAUGAUUAUGAUGAU